AAAAAAUAUAUAAUUCUUCUCUAUGGCCAUCGUCGUGUGUGAUUAUAACCUCAAAAUCAUAUGAACUUUGUUUUUAUUUAUCAUAGUUAUCUUCCCGUUAAUUAAACAUGGGAAAGGCGAAAAAGCUUAAGCCUUCUCAAGUGGGGAAAAAUGUUGCUCUUGCUGAUCAAAUUGAAACCGUAUCUUCUGUGAAAAGUAAAAAUAGGACGAAAGAAAGGAAUCGACACGACGACGAUGAAGAGUACGUCAAUGCUGACCUAUCUAAAAAGAUUCUGAAGGCCGCGCGGAGGCAGCAAGCUGACGAAGCUGGGCCAGCACCACCAAAACAAGUUCAACUAAAAACUACUUUUAAAGAUGACAACUCUGAUGCUGAAUCUGGAUCUGACAAUGAUGACUUGGAGCCAGAUACUUUUUAUGAAAAUGUUGAAAUUAAUGAGGAAGAUGAGGAGGCCCUCAAAAUGUUCAUGUCGGCCAGACCAGAGAAGACUCGCACACUGGCAGACAUUAUCAUGGACAAAAUUACAGACAAGCACACUGAGCUACAGACACAGUUCUCAGAUGUUGAGACACUCAAAUUGCAAAACAUUGAUCCCAGGGUAAAAACUAUGUAUGAAGGUGUUCGUGAUGUGUUACAAAAGUAUAGAUCAGGAAAAUUACCAAAAGCCUUUAAAAUGAUCCCAAAUUUGCAAAAUUGGGAGCACAUACUGUACCUGACUGAACCCACCACUUGGUCUGCCGCAGCCAUGUAUCAGGCAACCAGAAUAUUUGCAUCAAAUUUGAAAGAAAAAAUGGCACAAAGAUUCUACAACCUGGUACUGCUGCCUCGAGUGAGAGAUGACCUAGCCGAGUACAAGAGGCUCAACUUCCACUUGUACCAAGCUUUACGCAAAUCCUUGUUUAAGCCGGGAGCAUUUAUGAAGGGUAUUCUUUUGCCUCUAUUGGAAGCUGGUGAUUGCACAUUGAGGGAGGCUAUAAUUGUUGGAUCGGUGUUGGCUCGUAACUCAGUGCCGGUUCUCCACUCCAGUGCAGCUCUUCUGAAGAUCGCUGAAAUGGACUACACCGGGGCUAGCUCUAUAUUCUUGAGGAUAUUACUAGACAAGAAAUAUGCACUGCCUUACAGGGUUGUUGAUGCUAUAGUGUUCCACUUCUUGAGGUUUGACCGUGACUCCCGUACACUGCCAGUACUAUGGCACCAGUCCCUUUUGACAUUUGCUCAAAGGUACAAGGCAGACAUAUCUACAGAGCAACGCGAUGCCCUUCUGCAACUGUUGAAACGACAAUCCCAUCCCACUAUCACUGCCGAGAUUCGAAGGGAACUUCAAGCUGCAAAGUGUCGAGAUGUGGAGGUUAAUGAAGGAGUCUCUUCAGCUAUGGUUGUUGAGUAAAACAUAUUAUUGUUUAAUAAAUCUUAUUUAAUAGA